CCUAGAAACUCAUCUACUUUCGCCGCGCCCCCUCCUGCCUAGACUGCACCAUUGUCUGUAAUUGUUAGUGUUCAUCAAGAAUCAAGAAGAAGAGAUGAGGGGUGCCAUCCUCCUCGUUUCCGUUGUCCUCCUGCUCAACUCCCCGGUGGGUUUGUGCGGCUGCUUCAAGCGCAUCUUCAGCUUCGGCGACUCCAUCAUUGACACCGGCAACUUCGCGAGCACAGUCUCUUCGACCCCGAUAAAGGAGCUCCCAUAUGGCAUGACCUACUUCAACCGCCCCACCGGCCGUGUCUCCGACGGCCGUGUCAUAAUCGAUUUCUACGCGCAAGCGCUCGGUCUGCCGCUGGUCCCGCCGAGCAUACCGGAGGAGGGAACUUCGCCGUUCCCCACCGGCGCCAACUUCGCCGUGUUUGCAGCCACAGGGCUGUCGCCGGACUACUACAAGACCAACUACAACUUCACCAUGCCGUCGGCAUCCCACCUGGACCUGCAGCUCCAGUCCUUCAAGACGGUGCUCGCGCGGAUCGCACCGGGAGACGCCACGAAGAGCGUCCUCGGCGAGUCCCUGGUGGUGCUGGGCGAGAUCGGCGGCAACGACUACAACUUCUGGUUCUUCUCGCGCAACUCCCGCGACACGCCGAGCCAGUACAUGCCGGAGGUGGUCGGCCACAUCGGCGCCGCCGUCCAGGAGGUGAUCAACCUCGGCGCCAAGACGGUGCUCGUCCCGGGGAACUUCCCCAUCGGCUGCGUGCCGCAGUACCUGGCCAUGUUCCAGAGCACGACCAGCUCGGACUACGACCAGUACGGCUGCCUCGUCUGGUUCAACGAAUUCUCCAAGAAGCACAACCAGCUGCUGCAGCAGGAGGUCGCCCGGCUCCGGUCGCAGAACCCCGGCGUUCAGAUCAUCUUCGCGGACUACUUCGGCGCCGCCUUGCAGUUCGUCCAGAACCCCCAGAACUACGGUAUCGAUGAUCCUUUGGUCGCGUGCUGCGGCGGCGACGGCCGGUACCACACGAGCAAAGGGUGCGACAAGGAUGCCAAGGUCUGGGGCAACCCGGGCGCGUUCGCGAGCUGGGACGGCAUCCACAUGACGGACAAGGCGUACAGUAUCAUCGCCGAUGGGGUGAUAAAUGGCCCGUUCGCGGACACACCGUUGCUCAAGAUCAACUGCUAAGCUAUUCUCUUAUAGCUUCUCGAUCUCUUUUAUUUGAGGAAAAACCAUACUCAAGUAGCUCCCGAUAGGAUUGGUUAGAAUCUAUUCGGAAUCAAUUACGUCCUAUAUAUGUGUA